CGAUUAUUUUGGCCUGGGUAAUGGCGCCGCUCCCCCCCGCCAUGGCUCCCUGUCUCUCUGCUCGCUCAGAGAAGGAGAGUGGCCGCUGCCUGCAGGAACUAACCAGGCCGGGCUCGCUCCGAGCAAGCCCCGAUAUCCAGCGGCCCGAACCGGCGCCUGGGGAGGAGACCUGAGCCUUGAGCUCCUUGAGGCUCACAUUCUGUAUGAAGAGAGGUUGGGUCUAUGGCAGCAGAGCUAGAAGCCACAGAGGAUGGCUGUUCCACAGACCUUGCAAAGCCCCUCUACCUUCAGUACCUGGAGCGCUCCCUGCGACUGGACCAAUUUCUUCGGCAAACAUCUGCUAUAUUCAAUAGAAACAUCUCCAGUGAUGAGAGUGAGGAUGGCUUGGAUGAGACCCCCCUGCUUACAGAGUCUGAAGAUCCUUCCAUGCAGGUGAAGGAGGAGCCCAUGUCGCCUCUGCUUGGAGAACUGUCAGGAGAAGGUAAUCCAGGUCUACCUUCUGUACACUCGCUCAAUGGAAUCCUACAAACAGAGCCAAAAUUUGAGCGAGGAAGUUUGUAUAACUUUUCAAAGUUAAAGAAAAGUCGAAAGUGGUUAAAGAGCAUUCUGCUAAGUGAUGAUACCAGUGAUUCUGAUUCAGUGAGCGAUGAAGAAGAGGAUGGCUACACUCUUUCUAAAGAGGAGCUUUAUAACAUGCUGCGGAUCCACAAAUACAAAAAACUUCACCAGAACAAAUAUCAUAAAGACAAAGAGCUGCAGGGGUAUCAGUAUUACAGUGCAGGUCUCCUGUCCACCCAUGAUCCUUUCUAUGAACAGCAGCGUCAUCUCAUAGGCCCAAGAAAGAAAAAAAUCAAAGAUGAAAAAAAAUUUAAGGCUAAGCUUAAAAAAGUGAAGAAAAGAAGACGGCGAGAUGAAGACCUUUCUGAAGAUGAGUCUCCUCAUAGGCACCACCGUACUAAAGUGUUUGCAAAGUUCUCCCAUGAUGCUCCAACUCCUAUAGUGAAGAAGAAGCACAUGACACUAGAACAACUUAAUGCUCGUCGCAGAAAAGUCUGGCUCACUAUCGUAAAGAAAGAAUUGCCAAAGGCCUACAAGCAAAAGGUUUCAGCCCGCAAUUUACUGUUAACAAACAGCAAAAAGCUGGCUCAUCAAUGCAUGCGGGAAGUUCGCAGAGCUGCUAUUCAGGCACAGAAGAAUUGCAAGGAAACGCUUCCUAGAGCACGCAGGUUAAUGAAGGAAGUGUCGCUGUACUGGAAAAAAUAUGACAAGGUGGAGAAAGAGCAUCGUAAACGGGCAGAAAAAGAAGCCCUUGAACAGCGCAAAUUGGAUGAGGAAAUGAGAGAGGCUAAAAGGCAGCAGAGAAAACUGAACUUCUUGAUAACGCAAACAGAAUUAUAUGCUCACUUUGUCAGCCGCAAACGAGAAUCUGGUCCCGAUGAAAUACAGGAGGAGAUUUUACGAAAGCUAGAAGACCAUUCAACCCCCCGACAAGCAGGAGGUGCCUUCUUGAGUAUCACACAGGAAGAUUAUGACAGUGACUAUUUCAAAUCUCAAGCAUUGAAGAAUGCAGAGGAGGCUUUCAGGAUACACCAGGCACAGACCAGAUCGUUUGAUGAAGAUGCCAAGGAAAGCAGAGCAGCAGCUUUACGGGUAGCUCAAUCAAGCUUUGGAGAGAGUUACAGUCUGGCUAAUCCAUCAAUACGAGCAGGGGAGGAUAUACCCCAGCCCACAAUUUUCUGUGGGAAACUUAAAGGCUACCAACUUAAAGGCAUGAACUGGCUGGCAAAUCUUUAUGAACAGGGUAUUAAUGGAAUCUUGGCUGAUGAAAUGGGCCUGGGAAAAACUGUGCAGAGCAUUGCUCUGUUGGCUCACCUUGCCGAGAGAGAGAAUAUCUGGGGCCCUUUUUUAAUUAUUUCACCUGCCUCCACCCUAAACAACUGGCAUCAGGAAUUUUCAAGAUUUGUGCCCAGGUUCAAGGUGCUGCCAUACUGGGGCAACCCUCAUGAAAGAAAAGUCAUCAGGAAGUUUUGGGGCCAGAAAACAUUGUACACACAAGAAGCCCCUUUCCAUGUGGUGAUCACCAGCUACCAGCUGGUUGUACAGGAUGUGAAAUACUUCCAGAGGGUAAAAUGGCAAUAUAUGGUGCUAGACGAGGCCCAGGCGCUGAAGAGCAGUUCUAGUGUUCGGUGGAAGAUUCUGCUACAGUUUCAGUGCCGCAAUAGGCUUCUUCUAACUGGCACUCCUAUUCAAAACACAAUGGCUGAGCUAUGGGCACUGCUGCACUUUAUCAUGCCUACACUGUUUGACUCCCAUGAUGAAUUCAAUGAGUGGUUCUCUAAGGAUAUUGAAAGCCAUGCCGAAAACAAGUCUGCCAUUGAUGAAAAUCAACUUUCUCGCUUACAUAUGAUCCUUAAGCCGUUUAUGCUCAGGAGAAUCAAAAGGGAUGUUGAGAACGAGCUUUCUGACAAGGUGAAAAUCCUGAUGUACUGCAAUCUGACCAGUCGACAGAAACUGCUCUAUCAGGCUCUAAAGAACAAAAUAUCCAUUGAUGAUCUCCUUCAGUCCUCCAUGGGUACAACCCAGCAAGCACAGAACACCACCAGCAGCCUUAACCUGGUCAUGCAGUUCAGAAAGGUGUGUAAUCACUCUGACCUCUUUGAACGUCAAGAAACUUGGUCACCUUUUUUCCUCGCUUUAAGGCCAUACAAGGUGUCUAAAUUUCUAAUUCGUCACGGCAAUAUAGAAUGCUUCAACCACUCACGUAAUAGGUGGCUGCGCAACCUUCUUUCACCAUUUGCACCUGAUCACAUUCAGCAAUCACUCUUCCAUAAAAAACGGUCAGACCAAGAAAGCUGCUUUUCUUUUCUUCGAUUUAUUAACGUGUCUCCAGCAGAAAUGGCAAAUUUAAUGCUUCAGGGACACGUAGCCAGAUGGUUAGCUCUUUUCCUGUCUCUGAAAGCUGCCUAUAGGCUCCACCAUAUCGUUUCUGGAGGGAAGAAGAGCAAAUCUGAAACUGCACAUGCCUACCUGUCCAAAAGUGAUUUCAUCCUCUCGGUCAACUCCCCACUUUCCUUUCCCAACAUCCACAGUUCCCCUAACUUAAAGAGGUUGGUUUUCACUUGCCACUGUAAGCCAGUCAAUGGAUGUACAGACCAUGUGUUAUAUCAAGCAAGCACUGCCCAACCUCGUGUUCUUCACUGUCAGAUUACAGAAUUGCCCUUGUUCUUGAGUAUCUCACCAGCAGUGGUUACAGCUUUCCCCAUAGAAUCUUAUUGCAGUGACCGAAGUGCAGAAUAUGGAAAACAGAUGCUCAAGAAUGGAGGGAGCCCUGAAGCCAGGCAAUGUUUUUUAUUUGGAGCUCCAGAACUACAUGUGGAUUGGUCCUUGAGGGAUGUACAGUUUUUCCCAGAAAGCCUAGGUGGUCUAAAGGCCUUUAAACCCUGGCAUGGUUGGUCAUUUAUCCGAAUACCAGACAAGGAGAGUCUGAUCACAGACAGUGGAAAGCUGUAUGCACUGGACCUUCUGCUAACACGACUCAAGUCCCAAGGACACAGAGUGCUUAUUUACUCACAGAUGACUCGGAUGAUUGAUCUGCUAGAGGAAUAUAUGGUAUAUAGGAAGCACACAUACAUGCGGCUAGAUGGCUCAUCGAAGAUCUCAGAGAGGAGGGACAUGGUGGCAGAUUUUCAGAGCAGGACUGACAUAUUUGUUUUCCUGCUAAGUACUAGAGCCGGAGGGCUUGGUAUUAACCUUACGGCUGCUGACACGGUAAUCUUCUAUGAUAGCGACUGGAACCCAACUGUAGAUCAGCAGGCUAUGGACCGAGCUCACCGCCUGGGUCAGACCAAGCAAGUCACUGUUUACAGGCUGAUAUGUAAGGGCACUAUAGAGGAACGUAUCCUGCAAAGAGCAAAAGAGAAGAGUGAGAUUCAACGAGUGGUCAUUUCUGGAGGAAACUUUAAACCAGACACGCUUAAACCAAAAGAGGUCGUUAGCCUCCUUCUGGACGAUGAAGUGUUAGAGAAGAAAUUACGCCAGAGGCAAGACGAGAAGAGGCAGCAAGAAGAGACCAACAAAGUGAAAGAGCGCAAACGGAAAAGAGAAAAGUAUGCAGAAAAGAAGAAGAAAGAAGAUGAGAUUGAUGGAAGAAAAAAGAAAGAUGGAGUUAAUCUGGUUAUUCCUUUCGUUCCCUCAGCUGAUAACUCAAACCUAUCUGCUGAUGGAGAAGAUUCCUUCAUCAGUGUGGAUUCCGCAAUGCCAAGUCCCUUCAGUGAGAUAUCCAUCAGCAGUGAACUUCACGCAGGAUCGAUUGCAAUGGAUGAGAGCAGUAAUGACAUGCUGGUGAUAGUGGAUGACCCUUCUUCUUCGGCUCAGCAAUCUAGAGGAACAACCUCCCCAGCAUCUGUUACUGGUUCAGUCUCCGACACACUUAAUGGCAUUUCCAGUCAGGAUGCACAGUAUGGUGGCCGAGGAUGCUCAAAUCGCAAUAGAAAUCGAGCCAAGUCUGGUGGAAUUGGCCCAAAAGGUGGAAAAUCUCGAAAUCGCAAACCCACUGCUGGCAGUGCAGCAGCAAUUGCAGGAGCAAUGGCGGGGGCAGCUGCAGCAUCUGCAGCAGCUUAUGCAGCAUAUGGAUACAAUGUAUCAAAGGGUCUACCAGCAAACAGUCCCAUUCAGACUUCUCUGUUACGAACUUCUGGCAUUUCAGACUUUGGCCCAUUAAACACCUCCUCUCCAGUUACCUCACCCAAAAAUAAAGGAAACAACGUAUCUGGCACUUCUAAAAUGAAUAACCCCCUCUGCUUAACUCCAGAAACCCCAACACGAAGACACAGUAAAUCUACUGGAAACCCAGGGGGUGUGUAAAUUUCUAAAGCCUAUGGGCAUGUUCAUCCAGGUAGUUCUGUAAAUCAAGGUCUUUUCUAAUGGACAGCCAAAGAUCUACAGGAGGACAUCCUCAAGCACAUCCUAUAUGUGAGCCUGUGCAUACCUCGCAGAUUCUGAAUUCCAUUGCCUUAAACUAAGGCAACCUUUGACGAAACAACGACCUGCGUGAUAGCGUCCCUGCAGAAACAUUUCACGUGUCUGGCUCCAGUUUGGGAUACCUGGAUCUCAGUGAGAAUCCUUGGCCCUGAAAUCAAUAGACUUGUAGCAGGUACGGUGCUGUCUAAAUGCUCUGAAAGCAUUCGCUGUUGUAAGCUCAUCAGUAAUGGCGGUUUUUCAAUUCAUUUUUUACCUUUCCUGAACACAAAAUUAGCAGCUUUAUUGCAAGAGGCUUCCAGCUUAUAAACUUUUAGGAAUCCAGAGGCUCAUCGUUCCCUUUUUCCGUGCAACAUUUUGAAGGCCGUUUACGCAUAACUGCUGUGUUCUGUUCAUCAACUUAAACCUCAGUCAUGUGUUGAGUUUCUAUACAAAGGUUGAAUGCAUUUCCAGGAGCAACACAGCAUGGUUUCAUCGGAAGACACUUUGUUAACGGAUGUGGUUGUUGGCUGAUGCCUCCUACCUCCUUUUCACAUAUGCAGAAUUAUUGCUUUCUGUCUCAGUCUUACCCAAGAGAUUAAGAAUUAGAACCUCUGCAUUAGAUGCCAAUUACUCUGUGAACAUAUGAUGGCUUCAAACCCCUUUUCUGCGGUUAGGACCUGCAACAAGCUGUAAAGAUAAAACUCUGCAUUUAUUUGCACACAUACAUUUCAGAUGAGCAUAUCACAAGUGUGUGUAAAUACACAACAGUGGGAAUCUAAGCAAUGCAAUGCCUUUUCUUCUUUUCCUCUUUACAAUGUGUUGUCUAUUUUUAUAUCUAAUUUGUAUAUAUGUAUAAAAAGAGGCACAUCUUUCUUUUACUAACUGGAGACAAAACAAAUCUGAAUAAAUGAAAGAUAAUUUUAGGUACCUUU